AUGGCUGAAGAGACGGUUCAAGAACAGGGCCAGGACCUGCAGACUCCAGCAGCGCAAUUGCAAGCUCUAUUUGCCGAGAACCCGUUGGAAGCGGACACUGCCUUGGACGACACCGAUUCCGCGUACCACGCUUCAGAAGGGUCAGCUAGCUAUGUGUCAUCUCUGACCUCAAGCAUUGCAAACUACAAAUAUGAGCAGAACGGUCGCCGAUAUCAUGCAUUCCGCGCAGGCGCUUAUCUAGUGCCAAAUGACGAAGAAGAGCAAGAUCGAAUGGAUCUAGGGCAUCACAUAUACCGUCUGGUACUUGGCGGAAAGCUAUGCCUUGCUCCAAUCGGCGACAACCUCAAGCGUGUUCUCGACCUCGGAACUGGAACUGGCAUCUGGGCAAUGGACUUUGCAGAGACGCCGCCCAACUGCAUAUUUGAAGUUGAUGAUUUUGAAUCAGAAUGGUUGUAUCGCAGACAGUUUGACUUCAUACACGCCCGAGAAUUGGGAGGAUGUAUCACCAACGACGAUCGACUAUUCCAACAAGUGUUCCAACAUUUGGCCCCUGGGGGCUACAUUGAGAUGCAGGCUAUUUAUCCACAUUUCGUCUCUGAUGAUCAAACUGGUGACAAAGCCACGAGUGCCCAGCUCUGGAUAAAAAUGAUGCGUGAGGGCGCGGGCAAGUUUGGCAAACCUUUAGAUUCUGCGCCGCUAUGGAAAGACAAAUUGAGAGAUGCAGGAUUUGUGGACAUCCAACAAGAAGUUCGCAAAGUACCAAUAGGUCGUCUACCACAUGACCUGAACAUCAAGCUACGCGUCAACCGCCCGGCGGCGAGAGGAGCUUCCCAAGGCGCGGGCUCAUCUCGCUCUGGAACCGAGAGGAAUGACGCCGCAAGAUUACGACCUGGUGCGCACGAGGCUCGGGCUCGAGACCUUCAAUAUAUCGACGUUCGAGUGGUUCGCAAUCCUACGCAUACGAUUGACAAUGGGGGCAUAGUGCUCUUGGACAAGACCUACCGUCUCCGUUCGCCGCUGGACCUGAUAUUUCUCAAACAUAUCGACAUGGUCAUCACAGGCGAAAUCUAUCUCGACGACAGCGACGUGUACUAUUGGGCUGACCAUACUUUCAAGUAUGAUUUCCAGAACAUGUCAGCGUUUUGGACGUGGGGAGGCGAAGAUGUCACUAUCUAUGGCGAUCCGAUCAAUGGCAAGCUAGCUGUUCUGGGAGGAAGGCUUCAAAAACAAGACGUUUAG